AUGCCUGGAGUGCUGCUAGGCAUAGGACCUCUCGAUGGUGGCGCAUGUGGGGCACCAGGCCACUGGGCGGGGGAUGGAGAUGGGUAUGGAGAAGGACUAGGGCUAGGUGCGGGUUGCGCCGGAGGCGGCGGAGGCUGUGGGGCUCUAGGAGGUGGAACAUCAAUCCGUCUUCCGCUGGUUGCAGGUGGAACACCUCUCGUCGACGGUGGCACAGGUGCAGGGGCAGUUGUGGAAUGCGUAGGCGGAGCCACUGGAUCAGGUGGAACAUCGAUCCGUCUUCCGAGGUGUGGAGGUGCCCCUGGAGGAUGGCUAGGUGUGCACCUGGAAAAUGAACUGGUUGACUUGUCACGGGUGGAUGCACAUAUGGAGGAUAAGGUUGUUGGCCAUGAGGUUGUUGGCCGGGGUCGCGCAAGUGGGGUGCCAGGUCGUUGGCUGGAGGGUGGAUGGGGUGCUGGGGAAGGUACACCAUCGGAUCGUCGGCUGGAUGCAGAUGAGCGUGGAGCAGAGCCGGGUCUGUGA